CGUCGGCACCGUCGGCCUAGUCGCUGUCAGAGCGUCGUGCACCAGCGAUCGCGCAUACGUAAUCCCCCCGUCCAUACGUACGUCAGUCCGCGCGCUCGUCGCACGCGUGGCGCACGCGGGUUUACCGCAUUUCCGUCUGUUGUACUACUGUCUGACCGGGGGCGACUGGACGAGAGACGUGUCACGCGCAACCACGUGAUAACAUCUUCAACGUGACGUCUGACCGUCACGAUCUUCGCGUCAGAGAGAGAGAGAGAGAGAGAGAGAGAGAGAGAGAGACAAAGCGGGGGUGCCGCGUGAUUUACAGACGUUAGGCGCUUUGUUUUGACAGCGUGAUACCGUGAUACGCUCACGAGAGCAGAGGGGUGACGCUCGCCUUUGUAGCGGCGAAGGCGGAUACGUCUCGCUCGCUCUAGCGCGCACGAGGGUGAGAGACACACGGGGGACACACUGUGAGUGGGGUAGAGUGACGCGCCGGGAGGGAGCGAGAAAGUGGUAGGUGCGUGGGUGGUAAAAGAGAGGGGAAGGUUGCCGCUGACUCUCGUGAGGGGCGACGCGUGUGCCGAGAGGACUGUUGUUUUCGGCGUACUGCUAAGAAACGUUCAUUCAUACGAUCGACAGCUCCGAAACGCGCGACUGUCCGCUCCGCUGCUUUCACUUGCGCGUCUCGCGACCACCCUUGACUUUCAUUUGCGCACCUCUUUCGCAAGCGAAUCGCGAACGAGAGCUUCCGCGGACACCUGUCACGCGCCACGAUGAGACAUUGACCGUGACACUCGACAACUAGGCGGAAGUGCGCGCGAAAGAGACCGAGUGAAUACGUGACUCUAUUGGUCCAGAUGAAGUUGAUCUUGAUCUGAGCGACGAGAGAAGACGAUGACAGACUGCAUUUGUGAGAGAAAGUGUCUGCCUCAAAGUGUUCUUUAAAUCUAAUUUGUAGUCGAUGGAUCUGGAGAUCGAGUGAGGUUGACUCACAAGACGAAAAGUAUGAUUAACAGUGUGCUCGAAACUUCUGAAAUAUCAUUAGAUAAAACUGACAAGAGCGGAAGAUACAUUCGAAAAGUGACUAAUAUAGAACGUUCUUCAAAUUGGAUCAUCGACUAGUGGACUUACGGCAAUAUAGACAUAAAGUGAUACAAGGUGUUUUUCUCGCAGCAUCAAUAGAUCGAUGAGAACUAUUGGUAGAAAGAGAUCGGUAGAGAAGAAUGUCUUUAUAGGACUCGGUGAUUGAUCAAAGUGCACGUAAGGUGACUUUAGUGCAACGUAUCAACGUGUGUUACUUGAGUGAAGUGGAGCACACGACUUGGUCCUCGAGAAGUGUCGUCUUUCGCGUCUGAUCCUCGUGUAACCCGCGAUAGCGCGGGUUUCCCGUAACGAAGGUGGCUCACACGGCUAGAGACAGGGCCGCCGAACUGCAGGCGGAAGUGCGCAGCGCCAUAAGGGUGCUACAUGGCUGGUGCCCCCGGCCACCGCAGGGGCACGCGCGGGGCGAAACGGUGCUGAUGUCACCGCAGUCUCAAAUACGUGGCAAUCACGGAAGAAACAGUGGUCCGCCUCCGCCGCCACCCGCGACAGUCGUAGUCAGCUCGACCUCCAGCAUGAGACCGCCACCGCCGCCGCCGCCUCCCAGAGCGAGAACCUCCAACGACAGCAAAGGCCAUCACGAGGAACCUACCAGUUCUAUUCCUGAUCUUGAAUUCGAUGGGACCACCGUGUUGUGCCGGGUUUGCGGUGACAAGGCAUCCGGUUUUCAUUACGGAGUUCACUCCUGCGAGGGAUGCAAGGGCUUCUUUCGUCGGAGCAUCCAGCAAAAGAUUCAGUAUCGUCCGUGCACCAAGAAUCAACAGUGCAGCAUCCUCCGAAUCAACAGGAAUCGCUGUCAGUAUUGCCGUCUUAAAAAGUGCAUCGCCGUCGGCAUGAGUCGUGAUGCGGUACGAUUCGGCCGCGUGCCCAAGCGUGAGAAGGCCAGGAUUCUGGCUGCUAUGCAGCAGAGCUCCCACAGUCGUUCUCAAGAAAAGGCGGUAGCAGCUGAACUGGAGGACGAGCAACGUCUGCUCACAACCGUGGUGCGAGCCCAUAUCGACACAUGCGACUUCACCAGGGACAAAGUGGCUCCGAUCCUCGCCAGAGCCCGCGAGACCCCCAACUACACCGCGUGUCCACCAACCUUGGCAUGUCCUUUGAAUCCUAAUCCACAACCAUUGACUGGGCAGCAAGAGUUACUUCAAGAUUUCUCCAAAAGGUUCUCGCCGGCCAUACGCGGUGUUGUGGAAUUUGCAAAACGUAUACCUGGCUUCAACCUGCUGGCACAGGACGACCAGGUCACUCUAUUGAAGGCUGGGGUUUUCGAGGUGCUACUCGUGCGAUUGGCCUGCAUGUUCGAUGCUCAAACGAACAGUAUGAUCUGCUUAAACGGCCAAGUGCUCAAACGAGAGUCCAUCCAUAAUAGCAGUAACGCGCGAUUCCUAAUGGACUCGAUGUUCGACUUUGCCGAAAGAGUCAAUUCCUUACGAUUAUCUGACGCUGAAUUGGGACUAUUCUGUUCGGUUGUGGUGAUUGCCGCCGACAGACCUGGACUACGCAAUACCGAACUGGUCGAACGUAUGCACAAUAAGCUUCGAAACGCUCUACAGACGGUCCUAGCACAGAAUCAUCCCCAGCAUCCCGACAUUCUUCACGAACUGUUAAAGAAAAUACCGGACCUAAAAACUUUGAAUACCCUCCACUCUGAAAAACUGCUAGCUUUCAAAAUGACCGAGCAGCAGCAGCAGUUGCAGGCCCAACAACAGCAUCAACAGCAGCAACAACAAACGCAACAUGUCAUUACUCCUCAACAACAGCCACAUUGGCCAAUGGAAGAAGAACCUCCGGCUUCCUGGGGUUCCGCUUCGGACGUAACUUUAGACGAAGCGGUGAAGAGUCCUCUGGGUAGCGUGUCGAGCACCGAAAGCACUUGCAGCGGCGAAGUUGCCUCUUUGACGGAAUACCAUCACGUAGCACCAGCCAGUGGUCACCAUGCAUCCAGCGCGCCUCUUCUGGCUGCCACCCUAGCCGGUGGACUCUGUCCGCAUAGACGACGUGCGAACUCCGGCAGUACUAGUUCCGGCGAUGAUGAACUUCAUCGCUCUACUAUGUCGAAGACUCCACAGCCACCGCAGUGUCGCAGUUUUCGCAAGUUGGAUUCGCCGAGUGACAGCGGAAUCGAGUCCGGCACCGAGAAACCCGACAAACCGGCCAGCAGUAGUGCCAGUAGCGCUCCCACAUCUGUGUGCUCGAGUCCACGCUCGGAGGACAAGGAAGUCGAGGACAUGCCGGUGUUGAAGCGCGUACUUCAGGCACCACCCCUGUAUGAUACUAACUCAUUGAUGGACGAAGCUUACAAACCUCACAAGAAGUUUCGCGCUUUGCGCCAAAAGGACAGCGCCGAGGCUGAGCCCGCCGUGGUAGUUCAGCACACGCAGUCUCAGUUGCAUCUACAUCUAACUUCGCCACCAGCGCGCAGUCCGCCCACUCAAACGGCGCAAUCCCAAUGCCCGCAAACCGCGAGUCUGUUGAGCAGCACGCAUUCCACCCUCGCGAGAAGUCUGAUGGAAGGCCCGCGGAUGACGGCGGAACAGCUGAAGCGUACGGACAUCAUACACAACUACAUAAUGCGGGGUGAAGCCAGUCCCAGAUCGCCGACAGCAUCGCCGUCACCCGCGGAGCAGUGCGCAUCUACGACCACCGUGACGACACGCUCGACGCAAGGAUCUCAGGGUCUCCUGCAAUGCGCCACCACGAGUUACUCGAACAGAUGGCCGGCCACUUCGGUAAUCACGACAACGACAGGUGCACGACAACAGCAGCAACAGCAGCAGCAGCAGCAACAGCAGCAGUCUUCCUCGGACUAUCUCGCUGUUGUCAACUCUCCAGCUUCGUCACCGCGGUACCUCUCCGCGGCGGCAACUAGUAGUACGAGCACGAGUCCGAGGCCAACCUCGAGUACAGCGGCCACGUUGGUGUUAUCGGGCUGUUCGAGCAACAUGAUGGAGCUGCAGGUCGAUAUUGCGGACAGUCAACAACCGUUGAACUUAUCAAAGAAGUCGCCAUCCCCAUCACCAUCUCCCAGACCGCUCGUUGGACCCUGCAAGGCUCUCUCUCUCGAGGCGUAGUGUUCUCGCGAGCUCGAGUGACUUCUCGUAAUACGCACUGACGUGCGCGCGCACGAAAUCGGGAUAUUUGAUUCACUAAUCAACCGGCGGAAGGUCGUUGUCUUGACGCGGUACAACCUUUCCCGGCUCUUAACUAGAAACGAAAGUGCCAGGACGCUCUGAGCGCGUGACAAACCAAAUAAUUUAUUAAUUUAAACUACUUAUGGCUAAAAUCGCGCGAGAAAGGAGGUGGAGGUUACGGAGGAAUGGACAGGGUACAUCUCCGUGUAUAAUCACGAGGAAGACAGAUGUUCAGUGGCGAGUUGUUUUCUCCGAGUGCGCGAAAUGACGAUGGACAGACGCUUGCACGAAAGUGCUAAUUCGAUGAAAGCAACAGUGCCGUGUAGGAGAGCCACCUAUCCACCUACAACUACCUAUCUACCUGUCUACCUACCUAAAACCUAUCUGCUCUAGGUGUACAUCUAGAAGAUAGAGCAUCUACGGCGGAAAAAAAGAAAGGUUGAGUGUUACAGAAAUUAAUAAUCUAUCUACAUGUGAUAAUCAUGGAAAUCGCGCAUCCUGUACAGUCUCCACCUCAUUCAUUGAUCAUCUACUCUACUAUAAUUAUUAAAUAUUAUGAAACUAAUUAUAUAUAUAAUAUUAUUGUAAUAUGUGUAAGGUAUCAUAACCGUAAAAAAUUAUCAUUUCGUGUACAUGUAGAAAAAGACGCGUAUGAUACUCUUGUGCAAAUGAUGAGAAUAUAGAAUGAAUGGGGAAAAAAGAGAGAAUGAAUGACGGAUGAGCGUGCUUGUGCAAAUGAAUCGGGGCAAAUCGAAAAGCUUCUUGAUCGCGGUGGCAACCGAGAAUGAAGAUCGCGUACGCGAUUUUAAAGAAUUAAGCGUUUUGUUAUGAGACUGAUCGGCCCGCCGCGGCCACCAGUUUGCAAUUACCGUACCUUUAUAUUACAUGUCGUGUCUCUUCGUCGGGAAGACGACGCGAGAAGUAAUUAUAUCCUCUAAUCGCGUCGUAUAGCGAGAUAGGUAUCGUAGGCCCGCUUAAUCGCGUUAUACAAUAUUAUGUGUCGUGUGUGCAUGCAUGAAAGUCAGAUUAGAUAGAUCGAGACAGGCUUGCGAAAGAGGAAGUGAAAAAAAGAAACAGAGCGAGAGAGAAGGAAGAAAAAGAUAAAAGGGGAAAGAAGAAAGAGAGAGGGAGGGAGAGAGAGAGAGAGAAGCCGCGAAGCGCUCGAGCGAAGCGGAGUUCCGAUUAGAACGGCGAAACACGCAGUGUAAAUAGUAGAUUCGUAAGGAUAUGUCCUGGUAGGUGCGAGUGAACCUCUUCAGCUUCGAAAAAAAUCGUGAGGAAAAGUUAGGAGAUACGCGGCGGGCCGCCGCCGACGUGUUGUUGAGACGCCCGCCCCGCCCCCUCCCCUUUAACCAUCCUGCAUAUCCCAGCUCCAGCAUGAACAUCGCAACGAAUACGCAUACACUCACAACCCGCUGAGUUGCGAGCAAGUAAACCGAUCUUGAAACAGUUGUAGAAACACUUAUGCCUCCUUUCGAGACGAGCUAGAUCCUCUUGGUUGACCUAGAAGAAGUCCACUUUAAGUCCACGUCCGUUUUGAGUUUCGUAUUAGCUCGGUCCUCAGAUUAAUAAUUUAAAUAGAGUUGCAAUGAAAUUUGGUCAAAUUAAAGGGAAACUAGUACUCGUCGAGAACGGGGCAUUAAAAGCACAUUCAAUCUUCCGGCUAGAAUAUAACCUAGCCAGAGUAUUCCUACUAAACACUCCCUUCCCCCAGCUUAAAGGCCUCUGUAUUUAUUGUACCUAAAGAGAAAUGCAUUUCCUUCGCCGUGUCGCGUGUAUCACAUCCACCCGUUUGUCCGAGCGAGUCCUCGUAGAAUCCUUCUGACUGUCCUUUACAAGAACACGCAUAUACACACAAAAUGAACACAUUUACACACACAAUAGCGACACAUAUGCGCACUGAGCGAACACUUAUUCUUGUCCUUCCCCUCCCCCCCGCAGACAACCUAGCGUUGAUAUUCGUAAUACUUGUUAUGCAUAAACUACACAUAAUUAUUAUAGUAAACGAUACAUAAAGUAUGAUAUAUUUCCCUAUCCAUUAAGAAGAAGAAUACAAACACAGCUGUUGUUUCUGGUGGAAAAAACGAAAAAUAUGGAUAAAAUGUACUCUACUACUUGCAAGAAAUGCAGCCCCGCAUAUUGCCCAGUGAGCACGUCAUUUUGUACGCUUGGGAGUUGUGAGGUCGUCUGAAUAAACAUUGUCUGGUGAAUUAUACAUAAAAAA